AUGUUUAUAAACAGACUAAGGACAAUAUUCUUAAUGACGAUUGUGAAUCCGACUUUCUUUCUUCUUUUCUUUUUCUUAAUUUUUCUUCUUUUUUUCUAUUUUUUUACUUUUUUCUUCUUUUUCUUUUUCUUUUUUCUUGUUUUUUCUUUCUUUUGUUUUCUUUUUUCUUCCUUUUUUCUUGUUUUUUCUCAUUUUUCUUCUUUUUCUUCCUUCUUCUUUUCUUUUUCUUCUUUUCUCCUAACUCUUUCUUCUUCAUUUUUCUUCUUUUUUCUUUUUUUAUCGUUUUUUCUUCUUUUUUCUUCCUUUUUCUACUUUUUGUUUUUUCUUCCUUUUUGUUUUUUCUUCUUUUUCUUUUCUUCUUCUUUCUUCUUUUCUUCUCUGUUUCUUUUUCUUUCUUUUUCUUCUUUUUUCUUCUUUUUUCUUUUUUCAUCGUUUUUUCUUCUUUUUUCUUUUUUAUUAUUUUUUCUUCUUUUUUCUUUUUUCUUCCGUUUUGUUUUUCUUCUUCUUUUUCUUAACUUCUUUCUUCUUUUUUCUUCUUUGUUUCUUUUUUCUUUCUUUUUCUCCUUUGUUUCUUUUUUCUUUCUUUUUCUUCUUUUUUUCUUCUUUUUUUUCUGUUUUUAA